AUGGCAACUCUUGGAGCAUGGAGCAAGAAGCACAAGGUGACGGUGGUUGGAUCUGGAAACUGGGGCUGUACCAUUGCAAAAAUCGUGGCAGAGAACACAAAGCAACAUUCCGAUUUAUUCGAGGAGGAAGUUCAGAUGUGGGUAUAUGAAGAAGAAGUUGCUAUACCAAAGGAUUCAAAACACUACGAUGCCUCCAACGAUACACCUCAAAAACUUACCUCGAUUAUCAACAAUUACCACGAAAAUGUGAAAUAUUUGCCAAAUAUCAAGCUCCCAAGCAACCUCAUCGCCAACCCUUCUGUAGAAGAUGCAGUUGCGAACUCCUCCAUUUUGAUCUUCAAUCUUCCUCAUCAAUUCAUCGGACGUAUUUCCAAACAACUCCAAGGACAUAUCCUUCCAUUCGCGCGUGGCAUUUCGUGUAUAAAGGGUGUCAAUGUGACGGCCUCGGAGAUCAGUCUUUUUAGUGAAUGGAUCGGUGAAGGAUUGGGAAUAUACUGUGGAGCACUUUCGGGUGCCAACAUUGCCAAUGAGAUUGCAUUGGAGAAAUGGUGUGAAACCACAAUUGCAUAUGAUCCUCCUCCAAUGGAUUCACGUGCUACAACUCCGACUGGACCCUCACCAUCAAGCUCUCAGGUCAAUCUUACUAUCACGCCGGCAGAUGAAGAACAUAAAGAUGUCAAGGGAAGAGUUAGCAAGACAAAGUUGAGGGCCGUACCAUCGGAAUAUCCGCCAUUGGAUCAUGCCUUGUUCAAGACGUUGUUCCAUCGUCCCUAUUUCCAUGUUCGCAUGGUUUCCGAUGUAGCAGGAGUCUCCCUUGGUGGAGCGCUCAAAAACAUUGUUGCAUUAGCUGCGGGGUUCGUUGAAGGUCGUGGUUGGGGAGACAAUGCUAAGGCGGCUGUUAUGCGAGUAGGCCUUCUUGAGAUGGUUCAAUUUGGCAAGGAGUUCUUUGGAGAAACUGUUCACACAGGUACCUUCACGGAAGAAAGUGCCGGAGUUGCUGAUUUGAUCACAAGUUGUAGUGGAGGACGAAACUUCAGGUGUGCGAAGCUUGCAAUCGAGAGAGGAGUUACAGUUGAUGAAGUUGAGAGCACGGAGUUGAAUGGACAAAAGUUGCAAGGAACGAGCACCGCAAAGGAGGUUAAUGACUUCUUGAAGUCUAGAGGAAAGGCGGGCGAAUACCCAUUAUUCACCGCAGUUAUCGAUAUCUUGGAGGGUAGAAACACUGUCGACGAUAUCCCGGACUUGUUAGCCAAGGCAGAUGAGUGA